AUUAUUGAUUGCUGGACGGGUAUAGAUAUUUCCUUUUCUAGUUAGCUAAGCAGGUAGACAUACAGUUCUCAGGGGUUUUCUCUUCUCCAUUCAAAAAAAGCUGUUGUUUUAGAAAUGGAGGCGUGGUCAUGGUUAUGGGAAGCCCAGAAUCACAAUGAUGAACUCACUCGCGCAUUUUUUACAAUUUCCAUCAUCUUAAUUGGAAUUGCAACUUCGUGGUACUUGUGGGUUUACAAGAAACCAGUUGAUCGUAAUUCUAGGUUGCCACCGGGUCCUCUUGGUUUACCCAUAGUAGGAAACAUCCCGUUCAUUGAUCCGGAGUUACAUAGAUACUUUGCCAAAUUAACCAACAAACAUGGACCCAUAUUUAAGCUCAAAUUAGGCAGCAAACUUGUCAUUGUUUUGGGUUCACCGGAAUUAGCUGAAGCUGUCCUUAAAGAAUUCGACUCGACAUUUGCAAACCGGGCUCCUACAGUAGCGGCAAUGUCAUUCAGCUAUGGUGGUGCCGACAUUGUAUUUGCAGAAUAUGGUCCACACUUGCGAAAUGUACGUGCAUUAUGUGCUCGAGAGAUUCUGAGUAAAAACAACCUCGACUCGUUCUCAACUCUUCGGAAACAGGAAUUUCGAAGAACAUUAAGAAGUAUUUACGCGAGAGUAGACUCUGCAGUCGACAUAAGGCAAGAAAUGUAUCUCACUAUGCUUAAUGUGAUUAUGAACAUGUUGUGGGGUGGCACACUUGAUGAUGAAGAUAGGAAUAGAAUUGGCGCGGAAUUCGGCCGUCUAGCUGAAGAAAUGAUCAAUAAUUUAGGGAGGACCAAUAUUUCUGAUUUUUUUCCUGUUCUUGCAAAGUUUGAUUUACAAGGAAUAGAACGACAAAUGAAAGAGCUGAUUUCAUGGUUAGAUACAUUCUUCGAGUCACUUAUUGAUAAAAGGGUGAAAAUGGAUCAUGAGUUAAAACUAAAUGGAGAUGAAAAUAGUAAGAAGAACGAAUUCAAGGAUUUCUUACAAGUCUUUCAAAAACUUCAAGACCAAGGAGAAUCCAAAACUCCUUUUACCACAACCAACCUCAAGGCUUUGUUUAUGAAUUUGGUGGUCGGGGGGACAGAUACAUCCGGGGUGACAGUAGAAUGGGCGAUGACCGAGUUGAUUAAACAUCCCAAAAUUAUGAAAAGAGCUCAAGAUGAGUUAGACACUGUUGUAGGGAGAAACACCAAUGUAGAAGAAUCUCACGUAUUCAAAUUACCUUACUUGGGUGCAAUCCUAAAAGAAACACUUCGUUUACAUCCCCCGGUACCGCUCUUGGUUUCUAGGUGCCCAAGUUCAACCUGUAAUGUGGGAGGCUAUGCUAUCCCUAAAGGAGCUCAAGUUUUUGUUAAUGCAUGGGCAAUUCAAAGAGACCCUAAAUACUGGGAUAAUCCAUUAGAAUUCCAGCCAGAGAGGUUCUUGCAGAGCACCGACAAAGUUGAUUCUAUUGGGACUGAUUUCCGGUAUAUUCCAUUUGGUUCGGGCAGGAGGAGAUGUGCAGGUGUUCCUUUAGUAGAAAGGAUGGUACCUUAUGCAUUAGCUUCUCUGCUGCAUUCAUUUGAAUGGAAAAUGCCAGAAGGUGUUGAGAUUGAUCUUUCAGACAAAUUUGGUAUUGUUGUGAAGAAAAGCACACCCCUAAAUGCAAUCCCAUUGCCAAGAUUAGCUGAUCCAAGCCUCUAUAUUUAUACAGAUUGCUAGCUGCACUGUCAUGUAUAUGUAGACUAGUUCAAAUGCUUAAUUUUGAAGUGUACUUUCAAAUUUGCUUGCUUUCUUUUUUUGUUCAUUUCUUAAUCUUCACUGAACUAAUAUGUGAUGCACGUUAAUACAAGGCGGCCUAAUAGGAAAAUUCUGCUUGAUCUACUUGUCAA